UCAUUCUCAAGACUUGGCCCUUCCUCAACUGGAGAACUCUGAGCAGAAGAGAAUGAACUCUGAGCUGCUGACUGCCGGAUCCCAGGAAUCAUUGACAUUCAAGGAUGUGGCUGUGGACUUUACCCGGGAAGAAUGGGGGCAAUUGGAUCCUAGUCAGAAAUAUCUGUAUAAGGAUGUAAUGCUGGAGAACUAUAGAAAUCUGGUCUCAGUAGGAUAUCAAGUUUAUAAACCAGAUUUGAUAUCCCAGUUGGAGCAAGGAGAAGAACCUUGGAUUGUAGAAAGAGAAAUCCUAAGAAGUGCCAUCCCAGACUGGGAAAUCACACCUGAAACCAGGAAGUUAACUCCAAAGGAGAACAUUUCUGAGGAGGAAUCAUCCCAGAAGGUAGAAGUGGACAGACUCACAAGGGAUAGUAUAUGUUAUUCUAAGUCAUAUGAAACCUGGAGAUUUGAAGACCAGUUUGGCAUCCCACAAGAAGUAUAUGAGAAAUAUCUAAAACAAAGGAGAGUUGCCCCAAAUAAAAUAUUACCUGGGAAGAAAAACCCUGAAUGUAAUCAAUUCCAUCUGGACUCAAUCCCUGUUAUGGAACAAAGUGUUCCCACUGGAGAGCGAUACCAUAAAUAUGAUAUAUGUGGGAAAACUUUUAAGUGUAAUUCAUACUUAAUAAGUGAUAAGAAAGUCUGUAUACCAAAGAAGUCUUAUGAAUGUACUGAAUGUAGGAAAAUUUUCAGUAAGAGUGCAUUCCUUAAAAAACAUUAUAGGGUCCAUACUGGUGAGAAACCCUUUGAAUGCAAUGUCUGUGAAAAAGCUUUCAGGAAUACUACACUCCUUAUACAACACCAGAGAAUCCAUACUGGAGAGAAACCUUAUAAAUGUAAUGAAUGUGGAAAAGCUUUCAACCAGAAGACAGGUCUUAAUCGACAUAAAAGAAUUCAUACUGGGGAAAGACCUUAUGAAUGCAAAGAAUGUGGGAAAGCUUUUAGAUGGAGUACACAGCUAAUUCAACAUCAGAGAAUUCAUACUGGUGAGAAACCCUAUAAAUGUAGUGAAUGUGAGAAAACUUUUAGUCAAAAGGCAGAAUGUACUCAACAUGGGAGAAUUCAUACUGGAGAGAAACCCUAUAAAUGUAGUGAAUGUGGGAAAGCCUUCAGAUACAGUACAAACCUAACUCAACAUCAGAGAAUUCAUACUGGAGAAAAACCUUAUGAAUGUAGUGAAUGCAGAAAAGCUUUUUCUGAUAGGUCAUCCUUUAACAAACAUGAAAGGAUUCAUACUGGUGAGAAGCCCUAUAAAUGUAGUAAGUGUGGGAAAGGCUUCAUUCGACGUGCAGACCUUACUCUACAUUACAGAACUCAUACUGGUGAGAAACCUUAUGAAUGUAAUGAAUGUGGAAAAGCCUUCAGCUUGCGUGUACAUCUUACUCGACAUCAGAGAACCCAUACAAGAGAGAAACCUUAAAUAUGUAAUAAGUAUGGGAAUGUCUUCAGGCACAGUUCAGCCCUGGUCAGAUAUCAGAGACUUCAUAGUGAAGUAUGAUCCUAGGAAUUUAGUAAAUGAAAAAAAGUUUCAUUUGGAAUUAUCCCAUAUUCAAAUAGCCUGUGGUCAUAAUAGUAUCAGCUAUGAUUUUAUUCAGUGUACUUGAAUGAGAAAUAUGCUGCUUCUUCCCCAUCCCUUACUCCACUGUAUAGCUUUAUAUUCCCUACUUUUUACAAGGGUUUCUACAUCAGUUCAUCCAGUAGCAGUUCUUUUUAUGAUCAACUUGCUUAAUGAUUCAUUUAACACUAAUUUGUCUAAUAAGCAUUUUUACAUUGCUGAGUGGUUUUUUCAUUAACUAAAUUUGUAGUCUGGGGCUUCUGCCAAAUAUUUUUGCAUCAUUUCUUGGUGAUAAAACAUCAUAAAUAAUAUGUGAGUUUUACUAGGGCUAGGGAAAUUGAUGAUUAGACUGUUGACUUUAAGUGAAUUGAAUUUCUUUCCUUAAUACCAGAAUUACAUAGGUUGGAAUAAGGAGUGGACUUCUUUCCAGGCUUUCUUUAAGCAUAUAGAACCCAAUUUAUUUUAAAAUUGUCUUUAGACAGGUCCAAUGCAUGAAGCAGGCUAUUGAAGGAAAACCUUCAGUUACUACUCAAACUUUAUACAACAUCACAGAAUACAUGUUGAAAGGAAAAAAACUCUACAAAUAUGGGAACCCUAUAAAUAUAGGAAGGCCUUCACCUGGAGAACACCCUUUACUCAACAUCAGAGAGACCGCAUAAAUGUAAUGAAUGUGGCAAAGAUCUCAGGACCUACUCAUACUUUCUUCAGUAUCAGAGUUUUAUACUGAGGAGAAAUCAUGUGAAUACAAUGAAUGUUGCAAAGCUUUCCAUGAUAGCUCAUCCUUUGCUAAACAUCUGAGAAUUCAUACUAUUAAAAAACCCUAUAAGUGUAAUGAACAUAGCAAGACAUUUACCUAAAGUAUAUAUCUUAGUUUUAACAUCAGACAGUUGACACUAGAAAUCAUAAAUCUGACAACUGUACCACAGCAUUUAGUUAUAUCUUGUUUCUCAAUAAGUAUCAGACAAAAUACACUAUGGAGAAAUCCUAUGACUGAGUGUAACAACCUUAAGUGACAUCCCUUUUCAAAUAUCAGAAAAUCAUCCUGGAAAUCUUUUGAAUGUAAUGAAUAUGGGAAAUCCCUUAAUAUUUAAACAUGAGUAAGCGUCAGAGAAUUUAUAUUGUGGAAAAAAGAAACCUAUGAAUGUAAUGCAUGUAACAAAGCCUUUACCAUCCACUCAUGCACUCAUUCUUCAACCUCUAAAAGAGAUACCAUGUAAAGAUAGUUAAUGUAGGAAAAGCCUUCUAUAACAGCUCAUUCCUUAUUACACAGAACAUUAAUAAUGGAGAAAAACUGCAACAGUGUAAUAACUAUGGGAAGGCCUUUAGACAGAGAACACAUCAUAAUCAACAUUAGAGAAUCUACACUGAAAGAAUUCUCAUAAAUGUAAUGUGCGUGGCAAAUCUUUCAAUAACAGCUCAGCCCUUGUUACCAGAAAAUCCACACUGGAAAGGAGUCUUAUGAAUGUAAUUAAUGUGGCAAAGCCAUCAAUAAGAGCUCAUUUCUUAUUUAACAUUACAUUGAAAAAUGUAAUGAAUAUGGAAAUGCCUUCAAAUAGAAGAUCUCAUUGAACAUCAAAAAAUUCGUUUGGGAGGGGAACCCUAGAAAUGCAGUUGAAAAUGAGAAGGCUUUCAGAAGGAAUGUGUGCCUUUAGUGACAGAUCAUUCCUCCUUUAGCAUCAUAGAAUACAUACUGGAGAAAAAUCUUAUAAAUGCAAACAAUGUGGGAAAGCCUUCAGUACCCAUCUAUAUUUUCUUGGCCACCAGAAAAUUCAUAUUUUAAACACUAUGAAUGUUAAGUAUGUGGGAAGGCUAACAAUAGCACACACAUUAUUAUACAGAAGAAAAUUCAUACUGGAUAGAAACCUGUAUAUGUAAUAUGUUUACAUAAGAACAAAUUAAUCUCUUAUUCAAUGUCUAGAAAAUACUAGAGAGAAACUACAAGAAUGUAUUGAAUGUGGGAAAGUUUUGAGUAACAGAUCCUCUCUUAUUCGACAUUAGAGAAUUCAUGCUGUAGAAAAGCCUUAUGAAUAUUAUGCAUUCUCCAUAAUCAGAGGGUCCAAACAGGAGUGAAACUAUAUGAAUAUGACAAAACCUAUUAAUGAAUCCACACUGGGGAAAAAACCCUAUAAAAAUAGCAAAUGUGGUAGAGUCUUCAAUGACACUUUCUCAAACAUUAAACAUUGGAGAACUCACAGGAGAGAAACCCAAAGUGUCAGCUCUCUAAAUCAUG